UGAGGUGCUUGGCUGUCCAACAUGCAUGCAAGCCAAGUUCACCCGCUACCCGUUCCAUAGCUCGGAGACAACGGCGAAGGCACCACUUGAUGAGGUGGUGAUGGAUGUGGUGGGCCCCUUGAAGCUUGGAGCUGCUGGAGCUGCGUACUUCCUCACCAUUGUGGACGUCUACACUCGCAUGACUUGGGUGUAUGUGCUGCCGAAGAAGAGUGACGUAGCUGAAACGGUGAAGACCGAUUGGUUGCCGAUGGUGGAGCGGCAACAAGACCGACUUGUGAAGGCGAUUCGCACUGACCGUGGGGGAGAGUUCCUGAGCAAGGAUUUCUCAACUUGGCUGAAGAAGCAGGGCAUAAGGCACUCUCUUACCAUGCCCUACUCUCCUGCAAUGAACGGCAUCGCCGAGCGUGCGAAUCGGACACUCACGGAGACGGCUCGGGGACUUCUCAUUGAAGCCGUGCUCGUGGGAACCGACCAGAUUUACCGCAACGCCAUGAGAGCAUUCAAGUCCCUGCAGCAGAGGAGGAAGGAAGGGGGAGAAGGAGAACUCAGCCCCCUAAUAGGUUGAGCUAUGAUCGGCUUGGAAGACCAGCCAACUCAACCUUGACGACAUCCUCAUUUAC